GCAGGAGGUUGCACCGCGGAGCCUGGAUGUAGCCGCGGGGGGGUCUGCGCCGAGAGGUCCCUGCAGCCCGGGCCGGGGCAGGAGAGGGGCGAAGCGCGGCGGAAGCAGCGGGGCUCUGCCCGGCCCCAGCCAUGGCUCGCCGGAGCAGUCGCCGCCGCCGCCCGGCCGGUUGCUAGCCCCGUGCCGGUCGGGUUGCGAGCCCGGGCCUGGGCUCCGCGAUGACUAUGAGCUCCCUGGCCGAGAGCCUGCUGGGGCCCGACCCCUCCAAAUCCGCUUUCCUGGAGUUCGGGCACAGCCACCCGCCCUCGCCCCAGCCGCCGCCCUCCCCCAGCCUGGCCCACGGCCACUACCCCCUCCACGGCUUGCACGAGGGGGGCCCCUUUGCACCCUACGGACGGCCCGUGCCUUACCCGUACCCCGGCUCGGCUGGCGGCACCCACCACCCGCACCAUCUCCACGGCAGCCCGUACCUGUCCUACCAGCAGCCGGCCAGCGCCCUGGGGCACCGGGGCAGACUAGAGGAGACAGAGCACGAGAAAACCACCGUGAUCGAGAACGGCGAGAUCCGCAUCAACGGCAAAGGGAAGAAAAUCCGCAAGCCCCGCACCAUCUACUCCAGCCUGCAGCUCCAGGCUCUCAACCAGCGCUUCCAGCAGACCCAGUAUCUGGCCCUCCCUGAAAGAGCGGAACUGGCGGCGCAGCUGGGACUGACCCAGACGCAGGUCAAGAUCUGGUUUCAGAACAAACGCUCCAAGUACAAGAAGAUCAUGAAGCAGGGCUCCAGCGUUCAGGAAGGGGAGCACCUCCACAAUUCUGCAUCCUUGUCCCCCUGCUCACCCAACAUACCCCCUUUCUGGGACGUUUCCAUGGCUGGCAAAGGAGCCCCGAUCCCUCCUAGCAGCUACAUCAACAGCUUUGGACCUUGGUAUCAGCCACACCAGCAAGACGCCAUGCCAAGACCACAUAUGAUGUGACACCGGGCUCUGCCUUCAUCCCUCCUCCCCACCCACCCCCAGAAAAAGAAACACAAGCCCUCAGCUCUUUGAGGAAUUUAUGAAACCAUCAAGUCUCCGGGAGUUCCGCCGGCUACAUGGGAAAAUUCUCCAGGCCUUCUCCUGAGAACAUGGAACCUCUGUGAGGAGUUGAUGCUGACAUUUGCAUAGAGCAAAGGAAAUGAUGUUAUCCCUGCCAGGAAUAAAGAAAACCUACAAAGAAAUUGUUCAGGAGUCUGGGGACAUGUUCAGAGACUGGCUUUUUUUCUCCCCUGCUCCUCAGAAAUGUAAAGAGGGAGGAGAUGAUCCUCAAUGGGCGUUAACUGGUGGCAAGUCAAUGGAACUAGGGCAAUUUACAUCAUCUGACAAUCUAUUCCCCCCCCCCCAAUCCCUCCCUCUCUUGGAUAAAGACUUUAUCGACUAUCCAAUAUUACCCUCCUCCCUUUUUGUGCUGUAGGUAACCCAUUCUAUACACAUCGACAGAUUUCUACUUGGAAAAAUAUAUAUAUGUGUAUAUAAAUCUCUCUAUAAACUCUUCCAUACUGCAAAGCAAAUGCUCACUCCACAUUUGAGUGUCCUGCUGUUAAUAUUUUUAAAGUUCUUUAAUAUCAGGAUUGUGUUUACAGACAGUGACUCAGAAGAGUUUGAGGAAUGUAAUUUCCCUCCAGGCCUUUUAUAAAGCAUCCCCCCCACCCCCAAAGGGAGAGAGAAAACUUGUUCGCGUUCAGUUUUAGCCACCAAACAGUGAGGAUUUCUUUCUGGAAGAAUUUGUGAUUCGAUUUAACACACAUUCUCCACAUUCAUUCAAUCUCUAAUCCCCUCCUGUACCCGCCCACUUGAAGCCAUGGUUUCUCCCCUCCUGGUUGGCAAAGAUUUAUUUAUAAAUAACAUUUUGUUAUGAUGUUGUUUCUCUUUAUAAAUAGGAUGUAAAGCUGUAUAGUAAAUGUCUUUCCUCCGAUCGUUUUUUGUCCCCCCCCUCCCAAAACACAUUUUAUAAUACCAAUUUCUAAUGCAAUUUUUCAACUCUGGUCUAAGGAGGGGAAAUAGGUUUUCCUCUGGUCACUACAGGAAAACGUCGAGUAGAAAUGUUUUCUUUAACAAGAAUUGUUUCCAUGUUUUCCCAGU